ACCAGAAAUGUAACAUUGUGCAGAAUGCAUCAGUGCAUUUAGACACAGAGUAUCAUUGAUGUUAUUGGUGUUAUUGAUGGGAACAGUGGGAACAGUGGGAACAGUGGGAACAUCAGGAGUAUAAAGUUGAGUUUAUCUGAAGUAGGUUUGUGUUCCGGACUCAACAUGUUCUGAGAUGCCAUCUUUUGACUUAUUGAACAAGGUGGAGCUGUUUAUGCGAUCAGGAACGUUUCCUGUAGAUUCAUCGAAGAGCUCGAAGAAAGUAACCAGAGCUGCCAGCAAACACUUUAUCUGUAAAGAUGGCUGUCUGCUGCGUUCUUACCGAGGCCGCCUCCUCCACGUUGUCAGGAGCGACGAGGAGGUGAGGGAGAUCCUGGUCCGUUACCAUGACAACAACAGCCACGCCGGCCGGGUCCGGAUGGUGAAGGAGAUCAUGUUGUUGUACUACUGGGUCGGAGUGACGGAGGCGGUGAAAACCUGGAUCCAAGCGUGUGCCGUCUGUCGGGGCCGAACUCCCGCCGUGCCGCCGGCCCGCCGCGUCCAGUUCUGCCUGGCAUACGGCUGCGACGCCUCCAACUACGUUUACCCUCAGCUCAGCUUCCACAGGUUUCCCAAGGACGCAGAUCGCCGGCGAAGGUGGCUGCUGUUGGCUCAGAGGGACGAAGGCUCGCUUCGCACAAACUCCUACCUCUGCUCCAGACACUUUGAGCCGCCCUGCUUCUCGCUGAGCGAGGAGGGUCAGACGACUCUAUCGCCAGACGCCGUACCCACCGUAUUCCCUGUGAUGGUGAAGGAGGACGAGGUUCCCGUCCCCUCAGACGAGGACUUCCUCCAGUCCAGCACCCUGGAGGACCUCCUCUCCAGAGCUGCUGCAGAAACCACAGACCCCUCGGAGUUGGCCCUCGAUCUCCCUGAACCCAUCGCGAGUCUGCAGGAGCACCAGUACUGCCUCCCAGGUCCUGAUCCAGAAUCCAGGGAGGUCCAGAGGGUGACGGAGUUGAAGAGGAGGAAGACCAUCAUCGAGCCGAGCUUCAAGGCUUACAACCAGAUCGCCAGGUAUCUGAGCCACAGAGUUUUACCCAUGCAGAGCAAGACCGCCAGAGGGGGUUUGAAAAGGAUGGCAAAGCGCUUUGGGCUAAAAGAUGGAGUGCUGAUGUACACCAGAGUCUCUCCUCCUGUCAGAGUGCCGCGCAGCAGAGAGGAGGUGAACUCGAUCCUGCAGCAGUUCCACGACAACCAGGGUCACUACGGCCACGGAAUCUGCCAGCGGGAGAUCAACAAGCACUUCUACUGGGCCAGCUUGACCCACGACCUGGCCCGCUGGAUCUCCAGCUGCCACACCUGCCUCACCAGAACCAAGAGGAAGUGGCUCCGCUGCAGCGUCUCCACCUGCACCAACUGCUGCGGGCCGGUGGAGAGAGGCCUGGGCCUCACCUUCCACAAGUUUCCUCUCGACAACCUCGCCCUGCUGUCUCAGUGGCUGAAGGCCGUCGGCCGUCCUAACUGGCACCCUCGGCUCGGGUCGUCUGUUUGUUCGAUCCACUUCACCGAGGACUGCUUCGACCGCAGCGGGGAGAAGGUCACCGUUCACCCGGACGCCGUGCCCUCGCUCUGCGUCCACGGCGACUCAGCGACGCUGUCCAGAGGACCGACUCAGCCUGCAGGGGAGGAGGCUUAUUUUGCCAAGUACGAUGCCGUGGAGCUCUACCUGAGCAGACACACAUAUCCUCCUGGACUGAGCUACGUGGAGAAGAACACCUUCAGGAGGUUCUGCAAGAAGUUUUCCAUCAAAGACGACGAGCUGCACAUCGUGAGGGGCGACCGGGUGCGUUUGGUUCUGAGGAGCAGGAAGCGAGUCGACGACGCCCUGAAGGAUUACCACAACGAGCUGAACCACCUGGACGUCAGCAAGUGUCUCAGACUGCUCAACGAAAGGUACUUCUGGAAAACCAUGAGAAAUGAUGUGCUGCAGUGGAUCAACAGCUGCUCUCAGUGCAGCAGGAGGAAGAAACCAGUCAACCAAUCAGAGACAAGAAAGUCUCCUCUGGAGGCGAUGACAUCACCACAGAUACCUGAUGAUCUGGACAGUGGGAAGGACGGCGAUGAUAAUGACCAGGAUGAUGAUGAUGAUGAAGGUGGCGGUGAUGAAGAGAGGCAGACAGAAACAACUACACAGGACAGAGUGGAGAUCACUGUGCCCCCCGAGCCUGCAACUCCCAUCAGCCCUCAGCCCAGAAUCCCCAUCCUCCUCCAUCUAAGAACUCCCAUCGGCUUCCAGCCCAGAACUCCCAUAAUCCUCCAGCGUGGGAGUCCCAACUCCUCCUUUGUUGCCAGACUCUUGCGCAUCAAGAGAGGGACGCCUCCACAGUGUGAAGCCACAAACAGCGGCGACACUGAGAGCCAAAGCAGAGUCCAGGUUCAGGAGGAGCCGACACAGCCUCAGGACCAGAAAGAGACAAGUGGCUUUCAUGGCAGAGCCAGAACUCAUCAGUAUCUCAAAAUCCAGGAUAAAACCAAACCUCCCUCAGAGUCACAUCCUCCAGCCGAACCCCAGACACAGCACAAACUUCCACAAGCUACCGGCGAGCAAAGUCAGCCGAAAGGUCAGCCGCCACGUAAAGGCAGAAGACCGGCGACCCAGAACAGAACCCGUAGCCACGGCAACAUCCAGCUCCCGGUGAAAAGAAAGAGGGACCUGGAGGCAGCGUCGUCGGCUAAGAGGAGCUUCAGUGCUGGUCUGGAGCCUGUGGUGGCCCCGAGCACCAAACCCUGGCCCGUCUUCACCAUCGCCGGCUCUGCCCCGACACAACCAGCCGAAACCAUUCCUGAGGUGGACAGCUCUGCUCCGUGUCGGAGGCCCAGAAGACUUCAGGCCCGGACCGUCAUCCAGCAGUGCAGUAAGGCGAAGGUUAGGAUCAAACCCGAGCUGGACGGAGCCGACGCUCAGUGGGCCGAGGUCCAGGAGGGGCUGGCUGUGUACGUGUGCUUCCUCCACGGAGCCACAGAGGACGUCGCCUAUGAGAUGGCCAGCAGUCUGAUGACCACCAAACUGUUCCGUAAAGACUCGGGCCACUCGGUGUCCGUCCUCGACCUCCCCGGCAGCGUUUUAUUUAUCCCCCAGGACUCCCUGCUGGGGGAGCCGGUGCCCAGGAGGAGGGUGCAGUACAGAGGAGGGUGCGAGCUGUGGAGGGGCGCCCAGCUCUUCUCCAUCCUGGUGUCCGCCUGCAGGGAGCUCAUGUCGGGCUCUGUGAAGUGCACGAAGGCCGGAGCGACGGUGGAGCACGGAGUCUACGGACAGAAACAGGAGAUCGUCCUGAACUCUGCAGAGCCGAUGACGCUCCUUCUGGAGUUCUAAAGGAACGGCCAGAACAACAGCGUGGUGGAUUGUUCCGAUUAAAAGGAGGGAAUCAUCCAGGACUGCUGAGUGAGUGUUUUCAUUUCAACUCCUUCUCGAGCUCUUUUCUUUUCUGUUUUCAAGGUGAUUGAUUUCACAAAGAGCUCCUGCAGAGAGAUGGACAUUUCAGUUCAUUCAUGGGAAACUUUUUGGACCAAAACAAGUUCCAGGAAUUAUGGAAGGAGAGGAGCUAAACUCAGGAACUGCUUUUGGUGCGUUCCUGUUUGCUUCUGAAGAACCUUCAAGAUGAAGCAAGAUGGAGCAGAAUGUUGUUGUUUGUAUUUAAUGUUUUGUGACUGUUUGAGUUUCAUGGAAUGAAUGAAUGAAAGUGAGACAUGCAGAGAUGGAAAAAAAGCUAAAAACUCUAGAAUAUCUGUCAACAAUCCGCUCAAAGGUUAUUUAUUUCAGCUUCAGAACACAACCAGCGUGGAACUAUCAACAAAUCAAGUUGUAUUCCUUCAUUAAAGUCAGGAAGCCGACAAACUCCAACUUUGACACGUUGCCCCUCGUCCAAAUUAAGACCCUACAGUACUUCCUUGUUUUCUGAAAGAAACUGCUUUGUUUUUCAUCCUGCAACCUUUUUGUGUACACCUGGAACUAGGUUUAGUCCCUGGUUUAUGCUAGUUCAGAUCCAGAGUUCUUCAAAAGGUUCUUUGUCUGUGGUGGCAGAAGUACUUUC